AGUCCUGCCCGUCCGUCCACCAGGUAUGACUCUGAGAGAGAGGUGGUUGGUGAUGUACCUUUACGCCGGCCUCUACCUUACUUCACCAUCGUGUGCUAAUCAACAGAAUGCUAAUCGCUUUAUGAGGGUACAAGACAAGAAUUCACGAGCCAACGUGUCUGCCACGCAUCACGAAAUGAUGUACUCGAAUCCCCGCUUCUGUAUUCUAUUCAUGGCAACACGGAUUCCGACAAUCUGGGACGGCGUUUCCUCAGUAUUGAAGGGGCGAAAAGAAGGAGAAAUUUGUAGGGCACCACGCACCGUUCGACACAGAGUGGGCCCUGAUCGACCUUCAUUCACACGCUAGGUCUGACAGGCCACAUCCAAGCCUACCGUUUGUCUAAACCGUCCGUGGUAGGGAUAGGAUGGGGAUGGGAUGGAAGCCCGGGCCCGUUGCGGCUUCAAAUCCUACUGGCGGGAACGUAUCCCUCCUUCACCGUUGGUUGUGCAUUGACUGUUGGUUCGAGUCUUUCUUCGACAGCUACCUCAAUCCUCAAGUUAUGCUACCCAAGCCAGACUCUAUCACCUGGCUACGGUAGCCGGGCAGCAGUCUACCUUGACUAAAGUACUACGUGGAUGCACGCAAUGUCUGGUUAGUUCUCAUGUACGGAAUAGAGCUCAGAGGAGAAAAUACCCGAAUUUGAUACCAGUGACUCAG